GUUUGCGUACUGGAAAACACCUACGCAUCAUCGGCAAAUAGUCAAUUUUUCAUGCCCUCGAUGCCUGGAGUACACAAAAACACCGUAGCAUCCCCGAAGUAGUCAGUGUCAUCAUCGAUAAAUAAACCGGAAUAGUACUCCAAAAGGCGAAAUGCCGUCGGUCAGGAGAAUGAUCCUCGGGCACGUGAUGUCUGGAAUGUGCUCCAAGAUGAAUCGAACGAAACGAUUGGAUGGGGACUCGAUGGAAACUCCGUUAAAACGAUGUUUAACAACAUUCGAUAUGACUCUAUUGGGGGUUGGACACAUGGUCGGUGCCGGGAUAUACGUUCUCACCGGUAGUGUAGCCCACGACAUAGCAGGUCCCGCAGUAAUUCUUUCGUUUCUCCUGGCUGGGCUUGCCUCGCUCCUUGCAGCCUUCUGCUACGCGGAAUUCGGGGCUCGAGUCCCAAGAGCCGGCAGUGCGUACGUCUAUACUUACGUAUCCGUCGGUGAAUUCUGGGCUUUCGUAAUCGGCUGGAACAUCAUCCUCGAGCACAUGAUCGGAGCGGCGUCAGUCGCCCGAGCGUGGUCCGGCUACGUUGACUCGUUAUCCGGUGGAGUUGUCAGUAAUUGGACACAAGAGGCAUUUUCAGGGUUCGAAAUGGGCGAACCCCUGGCUCAUGUACCUGAUCCUCUGGCCGCACUCCUCUGCCUCUUUUACGCUCUUCUUCUCGGUUGCGGCGUCAAGGCCUCAGCCAGACUCAACUCCGCCCUGACCCUUGUCAAUCUCGGAGUGAUUCUCCUCGUCAUUGGUCUCGGAUUUCAAUACGCCGACUUGGAUAACUGGGUGAACUCCGCACACGGUGGAUUCCUCCCCUUCGGUUUGAGCGGAGUUUUAGCUGGUGCUGCCAGUUGCUUCUACGCAUUCGUCGGUUUCGAUUCGAUCGCCAGUUCUGGAGAAGAGGCACGAGAACCCAGUCAGAGUAUUCCCAGAGCAACGGCUCUAUCAAUGGCUAUUGUCACCCUAGGAUACGUCACCCUCAGUGGAAUGCUCACCCUGAUUGUGCCCUAUGGAGACAUCAAUCCGAGUGCUGCAUUGCCAGAGGCCUUCGCCGCCAACGGUGUCACCUGGGCUAAAUACGUAAUCAGUAUCGGCGCACUCUGUGGUAUGACGACAACUUUAUUCGGCUCUCUCUUCUCCCUGCCGAGGAUCAUGUACGCCAUGGCCAGUGAUGGCUUGCUCUUCUCAUUUCUGGCUCGAGUUAAUGAGAGAACGCAAAUUCCCCUGAUUACCCUGGCUAUCAGUGGAGUCCUCAGUGCGGUUAUAGCGUUAUUGUUUGAUCUUCGGCAUUUGGUGGAGUUCAUGUCCAUCGGUACGUUCCUUGCGUACACCAUCGUCUCUGCAAGUGUCAUUGUUCUUCGAUAUCGACCGUAUCACUGUCUCGACGGACUCCCUCAUCAGAGCUUGAGGUGCAAGGAUAAGACGAGUGAAUUGGAAUCGCCUGGAAGUGAUAGCUCCACGACUAGUAGCAGCACUACUGGAUCCUCAUCGCCUGAUCAUUCUGAGCUAUUGGAGAGUGAGCAUUUGAAUCCUGUUGGUCGUUUGAAGAAACGCUACACGUGGCUGACUAACAUAAUUGGCUCCUGGGAACCUGGAACAGCCGUAGUUGCAGCUGUCAUAAUCUACACCGGGGGAUGUGCCUGCAUCUGUAUCCUCACAGUCAUGAAAAUGGAAACUUGGUGGGACGAUAUCCUCUACGUCUACAUGCUUCUGGUCACAAUAGCCAGUCUUCUUGUUAUUGGAGCUCACGAACAGUCCCCUCCGGCUAACGAUAAAUUUCGAGUCCCUCUCGUUCCCUGGAUCCCUGCCCUCAGCAUCUACACAAACGUUCUACUUGUCAGCCACUUGCAUAUCUUGACUUGGUUCCGAUUUCUCAUCUGGAUGUUUAUCGGAAUGUUCAUCUACUUCUUGUAUGGCAUUCACCACAGUAUCGAGGCGACCGGUCCCAAUUCCUAUUCCGUUCUCAUGACUACCCUGGAAGCAGAGCAAGCUCAAGCACGCAGUAAAUGGACCUCGGGUGUAAAGUUCAAGGCGGCACGCUCGCAAUUUCAAAGAAAUCCCGACAAACAACCGAUUUUAACGAGUGACUCGUACAAUCGUUAAUUCUUCAGUCAAGUACAAGUCCCUAUUGCUGACUAGUCAUUUUAGUUUAGGAAUACAAAUAUCCCGAACCUUUCACAAUUUUCGUUGGAACAAAAAAAGACUGCAUUCAUCACACUCAUUACAUUCGAUACAUCAUCCAACAGUCGCUGAGCGUACAAUGAACGUUAGAUUUUCUAUAUUUUUCUCGAGAUGAAAUGAAUUAUUAGCGGGUGAAAAGUGUUGAUCUAUUCAUAUUUUAUGUUGGACCAUAGGCCUAUAAUAGGGAAUCCAGCGCUCGCUAUUUUGGUCUAUGAUUAAUGUUGUACAAUUUCCGAGAAAUACAUCUAAUUUGAUCAAUGUUGUAUGUUGAGAAUUUUUAAAAUUUUUCGUCGUCAUUUUUCACAGUAUCGACAUCAAAACGCACGAUCCAUACCUCGACAAUACCAUACCAUGACAAGAGUUUUUUUUUUUUAAUGUGAAUGUCCACGUAUUUUCCUAAUUAACAAUCCAUCAUCCAGUAAUAACGGGUGUAAAAGUGUCCCAAGUGAUUAAUAAUGACAGGAAUGAACACCAAAUAUCCCAUAAAGAUUAGGCCGCCCAGGGACAUUACACUUGCAGUGCAAUUCUCAACUGCAACAGCAUCAUGUGCAGAUUGUUGUCGUUAAUUAUCAAUUUCUCAAUAGUCUACAUACUUGUCAAUGCAAUUGCGAACGGUACGUGCCAUCGGUUUGGACCAUAUGUGUCUCACGAUGACGACAACGACGACGAUGAUGCCCCUGGGUGCCCUGUACUCCGCAGGGGAGAGAAGUUGCGUCAACCCUGGAGAGAUGAAACUCAAGAAGAAACGCUAACUACAAGAACACCCAAAUCGCAGGUUUCGACUACUUCAGAAUCAGUGGAUGGCUCUGGCCCUGAACCGGGAGCUGGUUGGACUAGUGAUGAAACUGGAGUCAUUAUAAAAAUUCUCUUCAACGAUCAUCCACCUCUCAAGAGAAGUAUACGCAGCAUCAAGUGUGGAAUCAGUGAAAAAUGUGAUUAAAGCAAAGAGAAUAAAUAAUAAAAAUGAAAUCAAUAAAAUCUCAAUGUUAAAUAAA